AUGGAAGAAGAACUGCUGAAGCUCACUGUGGUAAAGCUCAGGGAGAAGCUCGCGGAAAAGGGUCUCGACAUUAAAGGGGUGAAAGCGGUGCUCGUGAAACGUCUCUUGGAGGUCGCCCAUAAUGAGACGAACUCAACCGAGAGUGGGCAAAGUGUUACUGAAGAUGGAAGUGCCGUGCUUGAGCCAAGUGUUCCACCAGCCGGCGAUCCUUCAGACGAGGAACGGAAAACGGCGGCUGCCGAACCGCCUGAUUCGGAGCAAAAUCCUGAGAGUACGGCUGAAGUCGAUUCCGCAGAGCCAGAAGCAGCGGUCGGAGUCGCUGAUCGUGAUGAGUCCAUGACAGGCGUGAGAAGAGCCGCGGUUUCUCCCAUUGAGGACGUGGAACCGAAACGACAGAAGUUAGACAUUUCGAAUGACGAAGAUAUCUCGAGAGACGCUCAGAGCGAGACCACAGACAAGAUGUUUCUUUCUCUCAUCGGCGAUGAGCCCACUGAGAAAGAGGCCGACAACAUGUCUGCUGAGCAAAUGUUGACGGAUCAAGAGGAGAACUCGCUCCUUGGCGAAGAACCCGCCAAAGUGUUGGAUUCGGACAAGCCACAAACUGAAGCAGCUGAAUCUGCUGCGAACAGCUCCCAGAGCCUAUUGGAUUCGGGACACGAUACUAGUCAGGAGGCUACCGCGCCCAGGUCGAGCGAAGAAGAUGCCGAGAAACCGGUACCCAUGCCGGACGAGAUUGCUCCCGAUGCGCGGGAGGCAGCGAGCGAGCUUGGGCAGGCUACAGAAUCAACGGCCAAGGGUUCGGAGACUGCGGGAGACGCCAUCGAUGCCACGAGGAAGUCUCACGGCAGGGAAUCGAGUUCUCGGGCGACAAGGCAAAAAGCCUCGGAGAACGCCGCCGAGAACAAGAAUGAAUGGAUUGAUAAGCAGCGGACAACGAUAACGCUCGACGAGUAUACCUCAGAUCUCAAUUGCAGCAUAGACGCUGAAACAAUGAGCAUCGUCCCCUUAUCGGAAUCGUAUUUCGCGUGGAUGUGUGCUGGUGUGAAGUGCUCGCACGGUUUCAUCAAGGGGAAGAUCAGGCGAGCAUUUCUGAUGAAGCUUUUGUUUGAUGUUAAAGUAUUGGAGCUCCUAGAUGUGGACAUUGAUUCCGAUGAAAAGCAUCUGCUCCGUGUGGGAUUCUGCCGUCGACUCGAUCACCAAAGUGCUCGACUGGGUGAAGAUGAACAAUCCUGGGCACUGUCUUCGAGCGGCAAGAAGGGUUCCGGAGGCGAUUUCGAAGGCUUCGCGGAGUUGCCAGAUCUCAAAGUAGGUGAUGUAUUCUCCUCGAUGCUGAAUCUCGACACCUGUCCUGCUGAGCUCAGAUUCGCACACAACGGAAAGGAUCUCGGUGUCGCUUUCGAAAUCCCACCGGGAUCGCAUGCUCUCUAUCCAGCCGUGCUGACAAAGAAUAUAAAAGUCGAAGUCAAUCUUGGUCAAGCGGAGGCACUACCAGUGGAGGGCUGCGAGCUCGAACAUAUUUUCCCGCUCAAAACCGAACCCUCGAACAGGGUGAAAGAUGACAUAGCACCCUACUCAAGACGCGAAAGCGAGCUGAUCAUGAUGAUCGGGUUACCAUCGUCAGGCAAAUCGACCUGGGCUCGGCGACACGUGGAGAAACAUCCUGAGAAGCAUUACAACGUCCUCGGUAUUUCGACCAUCCUCGAUCGGAUGAUAAUCGAGGGUAAACCGGAAGCGAAGAAAUUUUCAGGUGAUGAGGACGAGUUGUCGAAAAUGACGACGAGCUGCUUAUCAAAGCUUAUAGAGACCGCAGCUAGUAGACGGAGGAACAUCAUACUCGAUGAUUCGAACGUGAAAGGCUCCGUGCAAGUGACCAGAUGGCGUCUUUUCGACGGUUUCAAGAGGCGAGCCGUCAUUCUUAUUACGACAGCGGAAACCUUGAAAGAACGGCAUGCUAAGAGAUCACCGGAAGAACAUCUUUUGUCGGAUAAAACUAUUUCCGAAAUGAAGGCAUGCCUCGAGCUGCCCUAUGGGUCGCAUUUCAGAGGAUGUCUUACUUUCGCCGAGCUUUCUCGCGAUGACGCUGAGAGAGAAGUUGAGAAGUACAACGAAGAAGCCGCUAAGGAGUUGGGCAUCGAACCACGCAGAAAAAGACGACAACCGAACAGAGGGGCUCGGGAAGGGGAGGCUUCCACCCUGGCUCGAACUGGGGCCCGAUGCGCGGCAACGCCUCAAAUGCCCCCGGUGCUCGCUGGGCACGUGGGGGUAUGCUUCCGCAGCAAUUCCAUCCACCGUCAGCGAGAGCUGGUCACCCAAAUGCCGGGCGGCCAAGCGCUGGACCGUAUAACAGAAACGGCAGUGAAAGAGGAUGCAGCGGCGGCAGCAGCGAUUAUCGGAGUCCGAGAGCCUCGUGGAAGCAGCAACCUUAUCGCAGCAGUAGUCGGGACGAUGAAAGCGAUGAUCGCGGCCCCGGGCAGCAGGUUCGGCUCCCAGGUUGAAUCUCCGCGAGUCACUCCGAGUUAUAACACUGCGCAAAAACCUUGGGCCGCACACCCUCAGGCGGCUCAGCCGCAGCCGCAACACGAGUCAACGCCGCAUUGCGCCCCCCAGAGCACGUGGACAUCGACUCAGAAUCCACAGCCUUACAACCAGCCGCAGCAGCAGACUCAAGAACAGCAGCAGCAGUGGUAUCAAUGGCAACAAUUCUACAACGAUCCGAGAGCACGGCCUUCGGCGCAAAAUGCUGAGCAAUGGAAGGGUCACAACCAGAAUCAGUGGUUGACGACUCCUGCUCCGGGACCUGCGGUAUCGGACAGCUCGCCAGCUGAAACCCAGAAACCAUAUCAGGCUACGCAACUCCAGGCGAAUCAACGGAACCAGUGGACUUAUUGGCAGCAGUGGCAACAGCGGCCAGCAGGAUCGCAGCAGACCGUAGCGGCUGCCCCGGGGAGCCAAUAUAGCGCCGCGCAGCAAUAUCAACAACAGAUGGCGAACUGGAAACAGCAAUGCUCUCGGUACUACGAACAAAACCCGCAGAUACCGCAUCAGUCACAGCACAAAUGA